CGGAGGCCAGGGGGUCAGACUUGGCGCAUUUCCAGGCAGAGUCCAAGGGGAUCUGAACCUUGACCUCGAGGGGGCGCUAUUUGGCCUAUUCGAGGGCCAGAAAGCGGCAGAGAAGCCCCAGGGUCAAGGCCCUGCCAAAGGCCAGGGCAUGGAGAGCCUGAAUCGAGCUAAAGUUCUGGAGAGACUGGGGCGGGGAAACAGGGUCCCCGAGGACAAAGACGGCGGGACCACUGGGAUCCACCAACACUGCCCAGCGCUGCCCCAAAGAGCGCGGGGCCACUGGCGCGAACAAACUUUCCUGCAGCGGAGGGGCGGGGGACGGGGGCUGGAAGCUUCUCCCCCGAGCCUCUGCUAUCCUCCACCUGCCGGCGUUCAACCUCCGCCCAGCCUUCGCCCACCUCCGUUCCCUCCCCUCCCCCGCGCGCCUCUGUUCACUUAGACUCCUCAUCUCUCUCCUCUCCCCUCCUCCUUCUCCCUCUAGCCUUUCUCCCCCACUUUUUUUCCUGUGUUUUCUCCUGUCUCUUCUUUUGUAUUCUCUCCUCCCUCGCCGCCCGGUGCUUCUCUCCUCCUCUGGGCAGCAGGGGAGGAGGUAAGCGCGCUGCGCCCGGGGCCUGCGCGGCGCAGUGGGAGGCGUUUCUCCUACUUCUCCCGGGUAAUUUGGAGAGAUUGUAUGUGCGCGCGCGCGUGAGCUUAAGGCGAAAAGGGGUAGGAUCCUGCGCCAAGCAGAAAGGGUCAGGGUCUUUGACGUUCCUCACCAGCAGCACAAACCUCCCGGAGCAAGUGUGAGUGUGGUGAGAGUGCGCGCGCGCGCACGGGCUGGCUGCGCUUGGCAGGCUUGGUGGCCCGGGGCCCCAGGGCCCGGGGGCCCGUCUGGCGGCCCGGGAUUACCAUGACGUCACAUUGAGCCUCUGGCCACCUUGGACUGGGGCACCUUGGGAGCUGCACAACCCCGCGCCGCGCCUCACCUUGCCUCGCCAACGCGCGCUUUUGGGAACCCGCAUCCUCGCCCUUCCCCUGCCCAUCCAUGGGCCCUUCUGUCUUCCGGACCACGCAAGUCGGAGGGGAGCCAUCUGGAGGGCAGGGCUCGGCAGCCGGACUGCCUUCGGCUCUGCCUCCGGCUCUGCCUCCAGUCGCGCCAAGCGGGUGGAGGACCCUGAGCUGGGCACCGGCAACCGUGUAAGGAACCGAGGCUGCGUACGGCUGGAAGCACAGAAUCGCGGAGCCGAGGCGGGAACUCUCAAGAGAAGAAGGAGGCGGGUCAGGGACCGCCACCAUGUCCUUCCCGCACUUUGGACACCCCUAUGGCAGCGCUUCCCAGUUUUUGGUGUCUGCAAGUUCCAGCGCCACUUGCUGCGAAUCCGCCCCGCGCUCCGUCCCAGAUGUGGCCUCAGGCUCCACCCCGGCGGCCGCGCUCUGCUGCGCUUCCUACGACAGUCGGCUGCUGGGGAGUGCGAGGCCCGAGCUGGGCGCGGCCCUGGGCAUUUAUGGAGCUCCCUACUCGGCCGCUGCAGCUGCCCAGAGCUACCCAGGCUACCUGCCCUACAGCCCGGAGCCGCCCGCUCUGUACGGGGCGCUGAAUCCACAGUAUGAAUUUAAAGAGGCGGCAGGGAACUUUACACCUGGCCUGGGGCAACCGGGAGCCUAUUAUCCCUAUGAGUCGACUCUGGGGCAGUACCAGUAUGACCGGUAUGGUGCGGUGGAGUUGAGUGGCGCUGGGCGCAGAAAGAACGCCACCCGGGAGACCACUAGCACGCUCAAGGCCUGGCUGAACGAGCACCGCAAGAAUCCCUACCCCACCAAGGGCGAGAAGAUCAUGCUGGCCAUCAUCACCAAGAUGACCCUCACCCAGGUGUCCACCUGGUUCGCCAACGCGCGCCGGCGCCUCAAGAAGGAGAACAAGAUGACGUGGGUGCCCAAGAACAAAGGCGGGGAGGAGAGGAAGGAGGACGGUGCAACAGAGGAAUUGCUGGGCUGCCUAAAUGGGGACACCAAAGACGUUACUGCGAGCCAGGAGAGACAGGAGGCUCGGGGGCUCCGGCUGAGUGACCUGGAGGACCUGGAAGAUGAGGAGGAGGAGGCGGAUGAAGAGGAGGCAGUGGCCACAGCUACGGACAGGCUGGCUGAGCUCCAUAAAGACACUCUGUCGCUGCCGGCGGCGGCGGCGGCGGCGCCCUGUGCAGCGGCUCGAGAGGGCCGGCCAGAGCGCAGGGAGUUCAGUCUGGCGACGCCCCGCUUCUCCUUCACUGAGCCCCCCAGAUCAGGAGAAGCCGACUUCCUCCGGGCGGAGCCAGGAGGCCCCACGUUGACCAUGCACUACCCCUGCAGGGAGAAACCGCGCAUCUGGUCUCUGGCGCACACUGCGGCAGCCAGCGGCGUCGAGGGUGCACCUCCAACCCUGCCCAGGCCACGAAGUUCUGAGCGCCAUCUGAUCCCCGGACAGCCUCCAGGCCCCGGCGCGCCACCCGCGGUCCCCAGAGACUCCGCAAGCGAAGAGUCUUCCCGAAUAGCCAAAGCCUUUGGAAACCCCACGUUUGCCCUACAGGGCCUGCCGCUGAACUGUGCGCCCUGCCCGCGGCGGAGGGAGCCCGCAGUACAGUGCCAGUACCCUUCGGGAGCAGAAGCAGGUUAGCGCAACGGCUGCGAUUUGCGGAAGGAUCCUGGAAAUAAACCCGACUUUUUGGAACUCACCCCCACGCUAAGAAACUGAGCAACCUCGCAGGGGUCUGGGGCUCUCACUUCGACUAAAAGACAGACACACAGAAACCCUUCUACCUGCUCUCCUUGCACGCAGAGCUGGGAGUGGCCAGCAGACCUGCAUCUUAUCAGAUCCCUGGGGGAGAAGGCGGGCACCCUGGGGAAGGCCAAGUGGGGAAGGCUGGGCGAGUCCGUCUGGUGCACCAGCUCGGAACCCAAGUCUCCUUCUCCCCUCUGGACUCAGGGGCCGAAGCUGCUCCCUCUCCUGCUCACCCCAUCACCUUCACUUUGUAACUUCAAUGCUGAUCUGGUUCCUAAGAUCCACGUGGUCUUCUCCCCCUCCCCACUCCUUGUGUCCUUAAAAAUAAUCAA